AUGGCUACCGCGGUUGUUGUUGACAGCUCCUGUGGCAAAGAUGUGAUUGCUGAGGGGAUGCUCGACCUCUUAAAACCAGCCAUUCACCAACUGGACCUACACGUGCACUCUGUCAGAGAGAGUCAAGUCGAACUAAGGGAACACAUAGACAACCUUGCCACAGAAUUAUGCAGAAUAAAUGAACAUCAAAAGGUAGUGCUAGAUCUGGAUCCAUAUGUAAAGAAACUUCUGAAUGCAAGACGAAGAGUGGUACUUGUAAACAACAUACUGCAGAAUGCUCAGGAACGCUUAAGACGACUAAACCAUAAUGUAGCCAAAGAGACUGCACGAAGAAAAACCAUGUUGGAGGCCUCAGGAGUGUUCACCUCACGCUCUCCCAGUAAACCCUAA